AUGAAGGCCUUCUUCGCUUCCCUCGCCCUGCCUCUGCUGGCCGCAGCUGCCCCGGUCUCCGACGCCGCGCAGUCCAACCCUAAUUUCGGCGUCAUGGCCGUCCGCUCUGCCUCCCCCAUCCACUAUAUGCAGAUGAACGCUGCUGGACAGAAGUUCUGGCUGGGCGGCACAACCUCCUCCUACUGCCCAACCCAGGUCGGCGUGAACUGCCCCCUGGCAACCAGACCGUCAUUGCAGCUGGCGGCAACGCCAUGGUAUGUGACACUGCAUCUCCCCUUCCCCCUCCUCCAUUCCGGCUUCGGGCGCCACCGUCUUCUCAGACCUGACGUUGAAGUCCCCGGGGGCCAGCAAGUCUAUGUUGACCCAACCGGCGCUCUGAGCUUCACCCAGGCCCACUCCGCAUCCAUUCCGGCCGGUUCCCUGGUCGGCAGCCUCUCAUACGAGCCCGGCAACCCAUGGUCCCACUAUACUGUCAACGGUUGGGGCGCCAGCGGCUUCAUGGCUUGCCCCACUGAUGACAACCGCUGGCAGGUGUUCGCUGCCAUGAGCAACGCGACUGUGCCCUCCGGCAACGUGGCGGACUGCCUGGGUUUCUCCGCCGUGGCCCUGACCUACAAGGGUGAUGUGCCUGCCUGGCAGUAUAUUUAG